AUGGCUGAUGCAAUCCAAACAGGAGUACAAGCCGGAGUUCAAGCCGCUUUUGCAGCAAACGCAGCAAACGUAGCAGAUGCAGAACACGCAGCCCCUCAACAACGCCAUAACCGCCGCCAUAAUCCCAUCUUUGAAGAACACGAUGACGGGUCCGACACAGAUAAACCAUUUGGGGAAGACAACAACAAUCAAAACCAGGACCGUGCUCGACACCAUCGUAACAAUGGUAACACACGAUGGACAUCAGGAAUCAAAUUUGAUAUCCCGGAAUUUCAUGGUGGAUCGAAACCCGAGGAACUCCUAGACUGGUUUAUUGUUACGGUCGAUGAAUUCAUUGAAUUCAAAGACGUUCCAGACAACAAACGAGUACCUCUCAUAACAACUAGGUUUGGUCACGCAGCUUCCUGGUGGAAUCAACUUAAAUUAUCUAGAACACGUUGUGGGAAAGAAAAAAUUGCUUCAUGGGACAAACUCAAGAAGCAUAUGAGGAAGACGUUUAUUCCUUACAAUUUUGAGUGUCUCUUGUUCCAAAAAUUCCAUAAUAUACGACAAGGAGUACAUUCGGUAGAAGAAUAUGCCAAUGAAUUUUACCAGAUGCUUACUCGAGUUGAUAUUCAAGACUCUGAAGAUCAAUUAGUAGCGCGUUUUAUCGCCGGUUUAAGACCUCAACUUCAGAAUAUGCUUCACCAAUUUGAUCCCGGUUCUGUUUCUGAAGCACGUCAACGCGCAUUGCUGGUAGAACAAAAAUCUUGGUAUAAUGCGAACCAAUGGACAGGUAACACACAUCAACGUAACACAAUUACGGUUUCAGACGACACCAAAACGUCCUCUGAUCUUGAUACCUCAACUGGUAAUCACGCGACUAACCGCCCCACGGAAGCAGCCACAACAGUGGAACCACGACCUUCUCGACCAAACGCUCUUUGUUGUUUCACUUGCGGUGAAAGUGGCCAUCGUCAAACUGCUUGUCCUAAUGCAGGGCGCAGAGGAUUACUAGCCAAUGAUCGUGAGAUCGUGGGAGAACCAAUUUACGAUGAAGAAGACGGUCAAUUCAAUGAUGUUGAAGAAGAAGAAGUCGUUGGGGACACAUGCACCUUGUUAAUGCUUCGUAGAAAUUGCCUUGCUACUAAAACAACUGAACCAUGGCAACGAACGGCUUUAUUUAGUUCGAUGUGUACGGUGAAAGGGAAAGUAUGUCGUUUCGUGGUGGAUUCAGGUUGCUCAGCUAAUGUUGUGUUUGAAGAAGCAGUUAGAAAAAUUUCGCUCACAGCCGAGGCACAUCCCCACCCAUAUCGACUUCUUUGGAUGCAAACCGGUGCUGAGGUUCAAGUUUCUCAGCGUGCAUUGUUGUCACUCUCUAUUGGAGCGUUCUACAAAGAAUCAUUAUAUUGUGACAUAGCUCCUAUGGAUGUGUCUCAUAUAAUCUUAGGACACCCAUGA